UUCAUCUUGAGUUUCUAAAUUACUUGGAUUUGUCUGAUAAUAACUUCCGUGCUUUGGCCCAAGAUGAUUACGUGGAUAUCACAAAUUGUAAUCAUCGUGAUCUGUCAUGUGAAAAUUCUUCCAAUCUUCAUCAUCUUGAUUUAUCAUUUAAUGAUGAUCUUCACAUUGAUAAUUUUCGUUGGCUUUCUCGUGUUCCCUCCUUGAAAAAUGUUCACUUGGGUGGUAUAAACCUUCAAGGCACAGUUGAUUGGAUUCAACUGGCAACACUGCUUCCUUUCCUUACUAAGUUGUACUUGGAGAUGUGUCAACUUAGAAACAUUAAUCCAUGUCUUAAAUAUGUCAAUUUUACCUCAAUUGAAGUUCUUGGCCUUUCUCAUAAUGAUUUUAGCUCUGAAUUCAUUCCUGACUGGUUAUUCAAUCUCAGUGAUGUUGUUACCAUUGACCUGAGUCAUAAUUACUUUCAAGGCCAACUCCCAAAGAGUUUAUUAAACCUUCGAAAUGUGCAAAAGUUUUCAUUGUCUGAAAAUGAACUAAGUGAACCAAUUCCAGAUUGGUUAGGCCAACUUGAGCGUCUACAACUCCUCAGUAUUGGGGAAAUUCCUUUUCUGGUCCAAUUCCUUCCACUCUUGGAAAUAUGUCAUCAUUGAUUAUGUUGGACGUCGGCUCAAAUCACUUAAAUGGUAGUCUCCCAGAAAGUCUUGGACAACUCUCGAACUUGGAGGAAUUAGAUCUCGGUUAUAAUCAAUUAAUAACAGGGCUUAAUCCUUGACUUUGAUUUGCUAUGGGUUCCGCCUUAUCAACUUGAUUUUCUUCAUUUGGAAUACAUGAUGGACUCUAAACUUCUUGCGUGGAUCUAUAAACAAACAUCCCUUAAGAGGUUAGUAAUUGCCUGCUCAAUAAUUUCAUUUGAACCUCAUGAUGAGUUUUGGGACUUUGUAGCACGAGUUCCAUACUUACGCCUAGAAGAAAAUACAAUUCAUGGGGAGAUGUCGAACGUUUUACUAAACUCCACAUUCAUAACUAUGAGAUCAAAAAAAUCAAAGGCCAACUCCCUCAAUUAUCACCAAAUGUUGUGACACUCGAUGUCAAGAACAACUCUUUCCAAGGAUUUAUUUCUUCAUUAUUGUGUCAAAAGAUGAAUGGGAGAAGCCAAUUACAGCUUUUGGACAUGUCUUAUAAUCUUCUGUCAGGAGGGUUAACCAAUUGUUGGAUGCAUUGGAAAUCAUUAGUUUUUGUUAGUCUAGGAGGAAAUAAACUAACUGGCAAAAUCCCCCCAUCAGUUAGUUUGCUUUCUAACCUUAAAGUUUUGCUUCUCAAUAAAAACAAUUUAUCUGGAGGGAUACCUUUGUCACUAAAAAAUUGUCAGAAACUGGAAAUCCUUGAUGUAGGAGAAAAUAAAUUAUCUGGAUUCUUACCGGACUGGAGAAUGCGAACUGCAAAGAUUCUUCGACUGAGAUCCAAUCAACUCAGUGGAAAUGUACCUCUCCAAACAUGCCAAUUGGCUUCCCUUACAAUAUUGGAUUUUGCAGACAAUAAAAUAUCAGGUUCAUUACCUGCUUGUCUACAAAAUAUGACAGCCAUGACUUUCCCUAAUUCCUAUAAUGGGGUUCACUACUUCUUUGUUAGAAUUCGAGAUUUCACUUACGAAAUGCGAGGGUAUGUUGUGGUGCAUAUAAAAGGCCGGGCAUCAAGAUAUGUUGAAAACUCGAAAUUAUUGCAUUCUGUUGAUCUAUCAAGGAAUAAUAUGUCCGGAAAAAUACCUCCAGAGAUAUUUAGUCUCACCGGAUUGCAACAUUUAAACUUGUCCCAUAAUCAAUUUGAGGGAAACAUGCCAAAUGAGAUAAGGAACAUGAAAACGUUGGAAUCUCUUGAUCUCGCAAGCAAUCAAUUUUCAGGUGAAAUUCCUCAAGAUAUGGCUGAAUUGUCUUUUCUAGAAGUCCUGAACCUUUCCUUCAACAGUUUCACUGGUAAGAUCCCAACAGGAACUCAAUUUCAAGGGUUUGAUUCACAAAGUUUCAUGGGGGAUCCUCGAUUAUGUGGAGCGCCACUUCCAAAGAACUGCUCAGACAAAGAAGAUCACGCGGAACCCGUUGAAACGAGUGAUGGACAAGAAGAUGAAUUUCUAUCUUGCUUCUACAUCGGCAUUGGAGUUGGAUUUGCCACAGCUUUCUGGGGAGUUUGUAUUGCCAUUUUCUUCAACAAGAAUUUCAGGCAUUCUUACUUUAGAUUCUUAUAUCGCAUGCAAGACAAGCUUGAGAUGGUGGUCCUCGAGAUGAACCGUUUUCAUUGAAAAUUGGCAUUGUGGUGGUCCUGUCGUGCAUCAUUCAGUAAGUCUCCUGACGAGGAAGUGGAGUUACCGAAGGCAUUACCAAUGAAGUCUAUUUUGUCAACUUGAACCUUAGCCAUAUGUAAUAUAUAUAGUUUGAUUUCUGCUGCAUGCAAACUGUAUAUGUGUUU